AUGCCUCACGAUGGGAGUGAUUUGAUGGAGCGUAUUCGGCAAAUCGUCAACCAACAGAAGUUACGUUGCUUGGAUGGAGAUAAAUUGGACUCAUCUUCAAUCGCUGGAUAUUUGAAUGAUUCGAUGGAUGAUAAUCACGAUAAAACUGAUGUAUCUUGUAAAUUUGUCACGCGCAAAGUAGCUGAAACCACUGCUCCAUCACCUUAUCCAGGGUUUUCUACUGUCAAUGAAGAUCAAAAGAAAAUAUCUACAAAUGACACAUAUCUCAGCAUAUGUAGAUCUGAUGCAAAAGCCCAUAUUUUAAAACGUUUACAUGGUACGAGUCCAACAAAUCCGUGUGUUAGGCGCGUCUCUGCCAAAAAUAUACGUUCACAACACGUUGAUUCACAAAUCAAUACAAUUCCUAAUAAUGUUCAUGCCUGGCGUCAGGGUAAAGAACUUAUUCAUAAAUAUCUUGGCACUUCAUCUGAGAGUAUUGAUAAACAUGCGGAUAAGGAAGAACAAUCUCCAAAAUUAGAUCAUUCAAGCCCGUUGAGAUUUGAUGCAGUCAUUGAUAAGGAAAAUCCAAAAAUAAUAAAUGCAAACCAAAAUGAACCGAACACAGUAAAUUCAGAUAAAACAAGUAAACAGAUAGUGAAUGCACCUCUUGUUGCUUCCAAGUCUGGUAAAGGUCUAUUUCAUCCAGUUAAGACAAAAAAUGCAGUAAACAAUUAUUCAGAUGCGCUAGGAUCUGUGCAAAAAGAUAUUCAUGGCUGUCCUACACCUAGAGCUCAUCUUAAGGCCCUGGUCCAACAACAAAGGGAAGCUCGAAAACAGGAGCAUAAACGGCAGCUGGAAGCUGAAAAAGAGAAGCGUGAACAAAUUCAACGAAAUCUACAUGCAACUGCACUAGCAGCUGCCGCUGCUGCAAAGUUACCUGUCACUGCAACCAAAAGAAUGUCCGAACUUUCUCCAGUUAUUCCUGUAUGCUUAUUUCAACCGGUCAAAGCACCUUUAUUGACGUUGAACUCUUAUUCUUCGGAACGAGAACAAAAGCUGGAGGAACUUCUUAGACGUGAGGUAUCAACACCAGAAAAUCAGGUUUCUGAGAUCAUUCCUCCCACGUCUUCCGACCGAGAUUCCACCAAUUCUUCUUAUCGAGAUUUUAUCGAAACUUUGAAAGUUAGAUCUAGUUCGACGAACUCCCAUGUAACUAAUCCCAUCCCAACUAGUGAAUCCAGCGUGAAACGAAAUCGAAUGACUGCUGUAAAUAAAUAUGAAGAUAGUACCAUUUCUAAACAACCAAAAUGUGGCAAGCUGAAUAGUAGUUGUAGAUGUUCAAUACAGACGAAUAACUGUAAACAAAUGUUUGAUUCUAUUCCUCCAAGAACUGCUCUACCGAAAAACUAUUUGAAUGAGAAAUCAUCGCAUAUGAAAAGCUUGCAGGUCGAAACAGUCUCAUUAUCACCGACUAAGCAUAAGUUCUGUUCAGCUGGCUCUCAUAAUACUCGUUUUUAUGAAUCUGAGUUACCAAAAAUGUCUCUUCAUCAAGAUACGGAAUUUCAGGUUCCUGUUCCUUUUUCAGGAAAUGUGUCAACCCGUCCUAGAACCGGUGUGAAUGUUACUCGUUGUCCUGAAGCACUACAAAAACGUUUAUUUCCUUCGAAAGAGCGUACUGUCCCUUAUGUAAAUAGAUCAAAGACUAUCUGUGAUCAUGUUACGGAAGCUGCGCGUCUCGAUAUAAAACUGAGCACACAACGUGUAAAGCACAUGCUUGCUGUUGAUUCUGACGAUGAUGAUAAUGAUAAUAAUUCUGAUGAGGAUCAAUGUUUUUAUACAGAUGAUGGGGUUAAUUCCUCAGUCUCUUCGUUUGAAAGAAUUCAAAAGCCAACUGUAAGUAUUUGGAGACGUUUAGAAGCUGUAGGGGCUAGUGAUUCGGAGUUAGAAGAGAAUAAUGUUUGUAUCAUUGAAGAUAUCAAGGAUGAAAAACCUGUGAUUGUGGAUAAUGUAUCUCAGCAUUGCUCAACUUCUUGGAAGUAUAAUGCCAACAUGAACCAUUUUCUUCAUUCUGGCUCAAAUAAUUUUAUGGGAGACAUUCGUGCUAAGAAUGAAUUUCGAAAUCUCAUUUAUAGUGAUCCUUUACGUUUCGCUUCCGUACACAAACGUCAACAAAAGCUAUUUCAUAGAGUAGGAAAGAAACCUUUCAAAUUCUUGGAACCACAAGUAAACAGUAUGGAAAAGAUGGAAGUUCACGAAAAAAACGCGACAAACAGAGGUAGUUCACUUCAUUUUCGAGAGAAGAUUGAUAAAGAAUCACUAUUUGUCAAAUCGAAUGCUCCCGGUAAUACCAACAUUCAAGCAGUUAAUGUGGAAUGUACAGACUCAGGAGAUCGGAGUUCAUUAUCACAUACUGCCUGUUCCAUCAGGACGAAAGCACAAGAGUUAUUUAUAACAGAAGAUAAAUCUGAUUCCCAGGCACUCCCAACGAAUCAUCAAAAGAUUAAUAAUUUUAUAAAUAAAACUAUAAACCCUUCUCAACUGAGGCUAACACCCGCUGCACUUAAUCUCCAGUUAGCCGCUGAAAUGAAUUAUCUUGAAACACUUUCUGGUUCAAUGCAGCAUAUUGCUGAUAUGGAGUCUCUUCGUCAGAUUACCGCUGCUCAAGCCGAAUGUGUUAGUCUAGCACAGUUGCUUAAGGCUCGUGAAUUGCAGAUAUCAUCGAAAAUUAGUGAUCAGAUGUUGGAGAAAGAAACACAAGGUGCAUUUGUUAACCCUAAUGAACCAGGUCGUCUGAUUUCUGGAGUACAUUCACCCCAGUUUGAAAGCGUACUAAAAGCUGCUGAAGAAUUCGAUAAGAUCGAACGUCGUCUUAGUGUAAGGACUUCACACUUGGAUGCCAUUUCCUCCUGUUCUACUGAGUCACCAUCUGUCGACUCAAAUAUUACAAAUGAAGCAAAUGUUCAUAAGUCUUUAAAUGGAUCUAUUUCAGAAUCCAGUGCAAACAAACAACAAUUUUCAACAGGAAGCGAUAAAACAAUUUCAAAUGAUAACGUCAUUAAAUCGAUUUCAGGAGGUGUUGUAACGGCUUCUGAUUCGUCUAAUGAACCUUGUCAUCCUAUCUCUACUGGCACUACUGUUGCUUCUAUGACUACAACUGACAAAGUUUCUGAACCAGGAAAAUUGACUGUCAUGCCAUCAUCAUCGCCUAGAUUAAAUAAUUUCAUCAAUAUUGAAAAAAAGUUAGAAAAAAAGAAGAAAGCGUCAGUAGAUUUUAGUGAUGAUGAUGAAUCUAUGAAGUCAUAUAGUAAAGUUACCAAAGAAGAACUUCAGAGAAAGUCGAAUGAUCAAGUGCUAACUAAACGGAAAAAGUUGAAACGAUAUUCGCGAAACGAAAAACCACAUAUAAAAUCGACAGACAUUCCUAUGUUAAAUCUAUGCGUCGUCAUGUCGCCUAAUAGCUCUUGCCAAACUGAAAGGAAUGAGAAAUUCGAUCAAGUGAAAUAUGCUUUGAAUAAGCGUGUAGCGGCUUUACAAUCUAGGCGUAGGAAAGCUGAAGAGCUUUUAGCGCUUUCUAAAAAUAUUGAACUUGAAGAGGUCGAAGUUGUUCGUUUAGAACGUGAAGCCUUGAACGCUAUCCAAAGUAAACGUUUAGCUUUGCAUGAAAAUCUGUCCCAGGUAUCAAACGAUAAUGAAGCGAAAAAGUAUUCAACAUCUUGUCAUUGGUCGAAGAAUAGUGGCUUUAAACAUUGGAGGUCGAAUUCUCACUCACCCGUUUGUCAACGUUCCAAUUAUUCGCAAUAUAGUGAUGAACUUGGUUUAGAAAAGGCUGGUGAUGACAAAACUAAUUCUGAGCAAUUUCCUACAGCUUCAUUCGGCAGAAGUUCUAGCUUAUUAAAAUGCGAUAGAACCAACUCAAAUACUGCUUCCGAAUGCUCUACUGCUCGGACAGUGUCUACUGCUACAGAUUUAAAAUAUUGCAAGUCCGACUCGGAUUCAAACCGGUCAGUUUCACAUACUGAAAAACAUCAUUCCAACAUUUCACUUGGUAAUAAUUAUAAAUUAAUACCAAAUCGACACAAUGAGAACUGUACAUCAAAUUUAUUAAGCACUGAAAAUGAUGUUAAUAUUAGUCGAGUUUCCAAAGUUUCAAAUUAUUUUCCAAAACUUGAUAUUGGAGUUGAAACUACACCAUCUUUACGUAAUCUGUUAACAUGUGAAGUCGCUACACCAUCAUUAGAUCGUACUGUGACUCCAACCUCCAGACACAUACGUCAGCGCUCAAAUUCUCAUGAUUCUGGUCGUCGAAGACGUGUCACUGUCCUUAAUUCAGUUGAUUCAAUGGAUGAGGAUGGUCGGUUGUUUGGCGCUGGAGAUGAUGAACCAUUUUCUACAGUAUCGGCCAAUUCACAUUCCGAUCUCAGUGAAUUAGAAUCGCGAAUUCAAGCUCUGAAUUCCAAUCUAAAAAAACAGGAAAGCAUUUUAUGUCGCAUCAAUGUAGAAUAUAAACGUGUACAUAAAGAUCGCCUAGCAAGAUUAGAAUCAACAUUGCUGAAGCAUAGACAGCUUUGUACCGAAAUCAUUGCCAAUAUCAAAGCUGAUUUAGAUGCUUGCAGAGCAUCUGUCUGUACAGAAGCUAAUGAUUCUCAUUUGAAAUCUAUGAAAAACGUAGUCGAUACCGAUAAUAUUUCUUAUGUAUCACCAUCAAAAUGUUUGAAUAAAACAACACUUGACAAUUUUAACGAUAACAGUAUCUCUUCUGCAUCGUCGAAACAUAUUGAUAAAUUGGCUUUAUCUAGUCACAUCCUCACUAGUAAACACUCGACAAACAAUGAUGAAACUGAACCAGACACAUUAAUUUCGGUGGCUGAAGAAUUAGUAUCACCACAGGAUACUGAUGAUGAAUUGAAGCAGCUCGAUUUAGAUGAUGAUAUUGACCGUAGUACACCAGUUGCUGAACAUUCUCCCAUUUCAACGAAUAAAAAUACCACAUAUUUAUCCAAUCCUGACGUCAGUGCUGUGGAAUCUAAGCAAACAAUUAGUUCUGAAGUGUCAAAAGAUAAGGGUUGUUUGUCUCCUUCAGUUCAUACAGAAGCGUCAUAUUAUACAGAUUUUCAACCGAGCUCUGAAGAUAACAAUUCUAAAUCACUAAAUACUCAAGAUAUUUUACAUAAGAACGAGAUUGAAAAGGAAUCCAAUAACACGUCAAUGAAGUUUAUAAUUAACUCAACUGACAAAGCGUUAACGGGACAAGUAAAUCAGGCAAACAAUGUGUUUUCUAAUCAGUUAGCUCCCCAAAAUUUUACUGAUGAAUGCGAUCUAAAUCAUUCUGGAAGUUUACUUUCUUCAUAUGUUCGUUUAGUUAACUUUCUUAAAACCGCUUUUUUACAUCAAAGUAUUGUUUUUUGUUUGAAAUAA